AUGUGGGGGACCGGCCGCGUGCUUUCUCCCCAUUCCCGUGUUUCCCCCUUCCCCGUGUUUCCCACUUCCCCGUGUUUCCCCCUUCCCCGUGUUUCCCCCUUCCCUGUGAUUCCUCCUUCCCCGUGCUUUCUCUCCUUCCCCGUGCUUUCUCUCCUUCCCCGUGUUUCCCACUUCUCCGUGUUUCUUUUCCUUCCCCGCGUCUUCUUCCCUUCCCCGUGCUUCCCCCUUCCCCGUGCUUUCUCUCCCGUUCCCCGUGCUCCUGUUCCCCGUGGUUUCUUCCCAUCCCCGUGGUUCCCCCUUCCCCGUGUUUCCCCCUUCCCCGUGAUUCCCCCUUUUCCGUGCUUUCUCCCCUUCCCCGUGAUUCCCCCUUUUCCGUGCUUUCUCCCCUUCCCCGUGAUUCCCCCUUUCCCGUGCUUUCUCCCCUUCCCCAUGUUUCCCUCGUUCCUGUGCUUUCUCUCCCUCCCCGUCUUUCCCCCUUCCCCUCCCCGCGCCUUCCCCCCAUCCCUCCCCACGCUCCUUCCUCUUCUAGCUCGUCCCCCACUCCCCCGUUUUCUGCUCACCCCCUCCCCCCCCCCUCCUUCGUUCUCCUCUUAUCUCCCCGCUCUCCACUCAUCCCCCCCCUCUCCCCUCAUCUCCCCGCUCUCCCCCCAUUUUUCCCCUCUCCCCUCAUCUCACUGCGAUCCAUGCCUCCUCGCUCAUUCGCCCUUCAUCCCCCCUCCAUCCACCUUGCGUUUUCCCCCGCCAUCCUCCCCUCGAUUCCUCCCAUCCAUUCACCCCUCAUUCCCCAUCCAUGCCCCUCUCCUCCUCCCAACCCCCAUCAGCUCACCCCCCAUCUCCCCACAUGCCCCUCCUUCGUUCAGCCCUCGUUUCCCCGUUUUCCCCCGCAAGUCCCCCCCCCUCCCUCCUUCUCCCUCGCUGCUCUGCUCUGCUCCCCGUCCACAGAAUCAUCCAAUCAUGCGUGCGUUCUGGGCAGACGAGUGGAAGAUGGUGAAGAAGGUGCUCCAGCUGCACAAGGCCAAGGAGAAGAUCCCCUCCAAGGUCCCCGCUUAA